CUCAAUUCAAGUCACACAUUCUUCUUCAUAAUAUCUAUCAGCUCCUUCAACAAUAUGUCAAAAAUGGCACUCUCCAACAUUCCCUCAUCCAUUUGCUUGAUCAUGCUAACCUUAAUCCCCAUGAUCGUUGCUCAUAAUACCCCCCAAAACUACGUCGACGCCCACAAUGCAGUUCGAGCUGAGGUUGGGGUUGAUCCAGUCUUUUGGGAUGAAGAACUUGCAAAGUAUGCUCAAAAUUAUCUCGAUUCAAAGGUUUCAACGUGUGAGAUGGUGCACUCCAAUGGGCCUUAUGGUGAGAACCUAGCAACGCUAGAUGGUUUGUUGACAGCGGCAGCUGCAGUACAGGCAUGGGCGGAUGAUAAGAAAUACUAUGACCAUAAUUCCAACACGUGCGUCGGGGGAGAGUGUCGCCAUUACACCCAAUUGGUGUGGAAGAACAGUUUCUUAAUAGGGUGUGCCAAUAUCAAGUGCAAAAACAAUUGGUCUUUGGUCUCAUGCAAUUAUAGUCCUGCUGGUAAUGUUGCUGGAGAGCUACCUUAUUAGAUGAAUCAAUUUGGCAUUUAAAUGUGUUCUUGUAAUUUCCACAUAAAUGGAUUAUUUGAUUUUGUAAUUAGUACAAGAAGGAUAAACAUUAUUCAUUGUGUAUAUGUAUUAUUUAUUUACAAGAACAUGUGAUUUUGU